AUGAAGCGAUCCUCGCGGGCUCUUCUCCUCCUGGGCGCCUGCGGCGCCCUUUGCUGGCAGGCGGCUUUCCUCGCGCCGUCCGAGUCCGGAGCUAGCCGCCGAGCCGUUCUCUCCGCCGCAUCCAUGGGCUUGCUGGGCACCAUGGGUGCAGAGACCGCUUCGGCUGCCGACUUCUUCGGAUUGCCGCACAUUCCGGGGCCCUUCGAGAUGGACCCGAAGGAGGCUGUGGUCAUCGGCGAUGCUGCGGAUCCGCAGGUGAAGGAUGCCAAGGCCAAGGUCCUGGAGCUGCAGACUCAGGCAGAGCAAGCGCUGGACAUGAUCCAGAAGGACCCCCAGGCUGAUCUGAGCUUCAUGGUCAAGGAAUUCGGCAUCGGCGACCUGCGUGAUGCAACGAAUGUGAUUAAUGACAUCAUGGACGACAAGACUGCUGCGGCGACCCAGCGCUGGCAGCGUUUGAUGAUCCAGGCCAAGUACCAGUGGGAGGAUGACAUCCCUUUCCCGGUGACGAAGCGUGGUGUGCAGAAGCCCCGGGGAGACAAGCGCAACGAGCGGAUCAUCUCGUCCUUGAAGAACUACAUUAGCGGCUCCAAGGAGCUACUCCAGUUCUUCUGA